UUAGAGACCUAGUGUGCGACUGCAGGGAUUUAACAGCCUUCACGGGAAGAGCUGCUUGACCUGAGGGGUCGCUGUAGAAGGUGCAGCAAGAUCUUCCUUUAUCCCACGAAAGGCUAAAGAAAAAUCUAGAAGCAACACAUUGUGGAACAGAAUGAAAUGCGUGGUGAACCUCUGAUUUAAAUUUCAGCUGAAGAGCAAGGUUUUUUAUCCUUUCCCUUUUGAAGUGGAAGAGGCAGUGAAGAUUAGCACACUGAAUCUUUAUCACUUGAGUUUCCAAGUUACUAUGGCAACCGGGAGAACUGUGAUGAGAGCUGUCAGAGUGUUUGAAUUUGGUGGACCUGAAGUGCUUAAGCUGCAGUCAGAUGUCUCCUUGCCAGUACCAAAAGCAAACCAGGUUCUCAUUAAAGUUCACACCUGUGGCAUUAAUCCAGUGGAGACCUACAUUCGUUCUGGGACUUAUGCUAGAAAGCCAGAUCUGCCUUACACACCAGGUUCGGAUGUGGCUGGGGUAAUAGAAGCAGUUGGAGAGCAUGUGCCUGCUUUCAAGAACGGAGACAGGGUUUUUACCCUUAGUACCAUUUCUGGUGGCUAUGCAGAGUAUGCCGUUGCUUCAGUUGACACAGUCUUUCCCUUGUCUGAUAAACUGGAUUUCAAGCAAGGCGCAGCACUUGGAAUUCCAUAUUUUACUGCAUUCCAUGCUCUCUUUCAAAAAGGGGAUGCUAAAGCAGGAGAAACCUUGCUAGUUCAUGGAGCAAGUGGAGGAGUUGGAAUAGCAACAUGCCAGAUUGCAAGAGCUUAUGGUUUGAAGGUUUUGGGCACAGCUGGUACUGUGGAAGGAAUGAAUCUAGUUCUGAAAAAUGGAGCCCACAAAGUAUUUAAUCACAGGAAGAAGGAUUACAUGGCUCAGAUUAAGGAAACUGCUGGUGAGGAAGGCAUAGACAUAAUUAUAGAAAUGUUGGCUAAUGUUAACCUUGCCAAUGACUUGCUGCUUUUGGCAAAAGGAGGAAGGGUAAUGAUUGUGGGAAGCAGAGGUCCCAUUGAGAUUAACCCUAGAGAUACUAUGUUGAAAGAAUCAAGCAUCAGAGGAAUUUCUUUAUUUGCUGCAUCAAAGGACCAGCUGGGUGAAUGUGCAGCCUUGGUCCUUGCAGGUAUAGAAGCUGGCUGGCUGAAACCAGCAGUAGGCCCUGAAUAUCCAUUGGAGAAGGUGACAGAGGCGCACAGAGAUAUCAUCCACAGCCAAGGUGCUUUGGGAAAGAUGUUGCUUCUUAUUCAUUAAGUACCUAUGCACUCAUAGGGAACAAUGAUCACAAUGUUCUUGGAAAACUUUGCAAAUUAUGAUUAUGAGACAUAAGAUACAACAGUUGCAAUAGAGUCUGAUUUGAACACUGUAUAUCAGAUUUAUAAAGAUUAGUUAUUAAUGACUGGUUGGCCUGUCCUAGAAAAUGCAUUUUUUUUAAUGGAGACUAUAAAAGAUGUCCUUUGUGCUGCAUUCACAUGGUACUGCUGUAGGGACCCUCUCUUGAUGUGUUUGCUGAGGACAGAAUUGUAUCUAAAAUCCCUGUUCAUUCAAAAUAAAGAUAUAU